AUGAUUUCUGGUGAGGGAUACAUGUUGAAUGUUUCCAGGAAUGGAAUACUCGAUGUUAGAAAUGUAUGUAACAUAAUAGAUUUUGCUUCAUCUCAAAGAUUGGAUGGAGUUGAUAGAUGGUGCUUUAUAUUUACGCUGCUCAUCGUAGCCAUAGCAAUAUCCACUGUUCAAGCAGGAAUUGUUGGACAUCCUGGACCAGGAUCAUUUGGACAUGCUGGGUUAGCUUACGCCGGUAUCGGGCCCCGUUAUGGAGGAAUCGGAGGACCCGUUGCAUAUGCGACUGGCGAUCAUGGACAUGAUGUUGAUUACUACGCACAUCCAAAAUAUUCAUACAACUACGGUGUAGCUGACGGACUCACUGGGGACAGCAAAACUCAAUCAGAGUACAGAGAUGGCGAUGUAGUCAAGGGAUCAUAUUCGGUGUCAGAACCAGACGGAUCCAUUCGUGUUGUAGAAUAUACCUCAGAUGACGUGCAUGGCUUUAACGCAGUUGUAAAGAAAAUUGGCCCAAGCUAUCAUCCUGCAAAAGUAGCUGCUCCAACUAUCCUAGCGCCAGCAGCUGCACAUGGAUAUUCUGGUCCUUACGGGCAUGGAAUUUUAGGAGGCCACGUUACUUAUUACUACAACAUAAAUUCAAACCUAUCUGUCCAAAAUUUUUCAAAAAAUAUAUUUUUCCAGAUAAUAUUUUCAUUGGCUCUAGUAGCUCACAUCUAUGCUGGGUUAGUUGCCAUUCCCGAUCCACAUCAUCAGCACCACCAUAAACAUGAAUCAGAGGAAGUGGAUUACUAUUCGCCGCCAAAAUAUGCUUUUAAAUAUGGAGUAUCAGAUCCACAUACAGGGGACCACAAGAGUCAAACAGAGAUUCGCGACGGUGAAGUUGUGAAGGGCCAAUAUUCACUUGUCGAGCCUGAUGGUUCAAUAAGAACUGUUAGUUAUGUUGCAGAUCCAGUACAUGGUUUCAAUGCCGUUGUAUCUAAAAGCGGUCCCAAUGUUCACGUGGAGCCCGAACAACAUUUAGCUCAAGAAGAAGUACAUCAUUCCCCUGUUGCACCAGCAUAUGGAAAUCAAGUACUAGGAACCUACGUGAAACCAAUCGUAUCUGAUGUGAAAGCAGUACCGGUGGCGCCAGCUGUUGUGCAACAGUACCAAAAACCAGUAAUAAAAUACACUUCUGCUAUAGGUUAUCCCAAAUCAACAGCAGGCUAUUACGGCGACUACGACACAGCUUACGCUUAUCCCGAUACUUAUGAAGCUCAUGACUACUACGGGGAUAUCCAUGGCCGGUAUCAAAUUAGCUAGAGUGGAUAAUUUGUCUGACUUCAUAAAAAAAAAACACCAUACCAAAAUAUAUUUUAGCUAUAUAUCUAAUUAUUGUUAUCUAGUUGGCUAACUAAAAGUUAGUAGUCUCUGUUGUAUCAGGUAUACUUAGCCAAUAGGUACUAUCUUGAUACAUCACGCAUUACUUUUAUCAGUAUUUCAUAUUAAUAUUUGUUUUGUUUGAAAAAUUAUCUGUUUGUUAAAAAAAUGAUCUUCAAUAUUAUUAUUAUAUUAAAGUUAUAAAUACAUAGUUUAAUAGGUACUAGAUUGGAUAUAUUAUGCAUAUGCAAUGCUUGCAGAAAUAUACUCCCCAUAUUAUAGCGAAUUUUGUUUUCUCAUCACAUUUUGAGUCUCGAAUUGAGAAUGAUUCACAUUAUAGAUUUCAAAUUAACUAAUAUUAACAAACUUGUUCUAAAUUAUGCAUUUCCUAAUGAUCAGAUGUUCAAAGAUUCAAAGAAAGAACAACUGCAUGAAAAAAAAAACCCAUAAGGAAAUUAACGUAGGUAUAUGCUUUUCUGCAACAAUGUAUAUUCAGGCAUUCUUAUAGGUAUUAUAUUGGAAUUUUGUUUUGUUUUGAAUAAAUAUUUAUAAUGAAUAAUUAUUUCACUAAAAAAAUUGAGAGCCGUCUCGGUUAUUUCAUGUGCUAGGGUGUUGAGACUUGCGCACGCACAAUGACCCCAACUAAAAAAAAACAAACAAAAUUUGGC